CUUUACCCCCCAUGAUUCGCCUGCCAUUAUUGCCCUAGUCGGUCCCUGCUUCAGAGUCCAAACUUGACCGUUGCGACUAUCUUGUUCUGUUCUUGUCUGUUCACCCCAUCGUCUUGCCUCUAAUCUCCAUCUCCAUCUUCAUCUUCAUCCUCAAUUAUCCUCAACUUGCAAUUUUCAACCACCACUCUCGCCAUCGCCAUCAAUCUCCCAACCUCAUCAUGGCUGAUCCCGAUCCCAAUUAACAUCUGGUCAUUAACGGGCUUAUAUUCAAUUUUUCACUGGCGUUUCUUCAUCUGCCGCCGGCGUCUCGGUCAAUUUUCCAUCCACCAUCUCCCGCCCGCACCCCACGAGACAACCCUCUAUCCGUACCACCUCGCUCUCUCCAUCCAGCGGCCUUGCCAUUUCCGUAACCUCGUCCUCCUUUAAACCGGUCAGAAUCACCAUUACAAAAUCUUCGCCUUGCCAUCCAGAUUAUUCCGGCGCGUCCGAAUUAUCUUUUAUCCUUCACCCAUAACCAUUCCGCCCUGAACCUCUGCUCUAGUCCUUUCCGCGCCCCGCCGAAGAACCAACCAUUUCCCUCCUCGACCUCUUUCAACAAUUAGAAGUCUUGUUCUCACUUCCCCCGCAUUUCUACAGACUUCUUUUGUCAAAAUGCUCAUCAACGGGGAAAAAUUCGCUUGCGAAGCCUGCGUUCGAGGCCACCGCGUUAGUUCCUGCCACCAUCAAGACCGUCCUCUGGUACAUGUCAACAAGAAAGGAAGACCUGUUUCACAGUGCCAACACUGCCGAGGUCUUCGCAAGGCUCGUUCUCAACAUGUCAAAUGCGAGUGCCACGACAAGGCCCAUGGCAAGGAAGACUGCCCCCAGGACAAAACCGAGAAUAAAACAGAACCGCACACCUGCUGCUGUCAGCAUGGCUCCAGAUGUACUUGCUCCUUGAAAAAAGACCACCUCGAUCCAGUCCCCGAAGAUAUCCCACAACUUCUGCAACCCAAGGACCACCCUAAGGACCAUCAUAAGCCUCGUCCUAACCACAAUUCUCACGAGAGUAAACCGACCAUCUUCACAAAUGGCCACCACAAGCCCGUACAUAAAUUCAACGAUGCUCACAAUCAACUCGGCACCCCCUACAAGAUCCCCUCUCGAUCCAAUUCCCUUCAUGGCCACCGCGAGAUUGCCCAAAGGUCCACCGAUAGCCUUCCUCUCACGAAGUUCUCCACAAAACCAUUCCAAGAAUCUCCUCUGCACAACUCCAUGACCGAUGCUGUCAGCAUCAUGCAGAGGAAAGUAAAGUCGGAACACAAUUCUCCUGUUCUCAGCCCACAGCGCUAUCCCGUUGUCAAUCCAACAAUCAGGGAUCUUGCUCUGCCGAUUUUCGACCCCAAUGCGUAUUCAUAUUCCCCCUUUGGCACCGACAGUCCCGGCACUCAAAACAAUAGCCAACAGAACAGCCAAAAUGGUAGUCAACUCGACCUGACUUUGCCAGAAAGAUUCCCGGAUACUUGGUUCAUGACAUAUGAACAAGCUCAAGACUAUGAGCCUGUGCAGUCAAGCUUCUACAACAACGACCUAGCCUCCAUCGACUGGUCCACAUACAACCUUGAGGGGAGCAACAGCUACACACCACCUCCCAAGGACAACUCCCCAUAUAUGUCUCAGCAACCCACCUAUAAUCCUCAAGAAUUAUCCAACCACAUUAAUCGGAUAGGGAUCAAUUCUUCCAGUGGUGAACCCUCCGAGGCCGAUCAACAGUCUCCCUCCACGGGCUGGACUAAUGACCGCGCCACAAGUAAUGACCGCCAGAUCAGUGCCGACAACCAUUUCAACGACUUGAGCAGUUUUGGUGGCGAUGAUAGCUCUGAUCGAUUUCGUCACAGCUCCGCUUCGUCUUAUUAUGGAACCCCCCAGGCGAACCUCCUGGCAAACGACAACCUUCAAAACUAUGAUAUUGACGACUAUCUGAGACAAGUCGAGGCAGAAACUCAACGGAUGCAAAUGCAAAACCAGUUUGCACAAAUGCAGACCCAACUCUCUCAGCAAGAUAGUCAGUCGCAGCCCUCGCCACGAGGGCCUGGUCAGCCAACCCAGCAGCCACCCUCGCGCUUGUCGAGCGUGAGUCGUGGAAUUACUCCCAGUAUCUCCAGUCCCGGAAGCACUGGGACCGGUGAACAUUCCUUUACUAUCCGAGAGGCGCAAAGAUAUGCACACAUGGACAAUAUGAGGAGUGAUCCGUCGCCGUUGACAAAGACGUCUAUUCCAGCAGCCAACAUUGUCGAUGACCCUUCCUGGUCCGUUGCCCCGGAUAUGUCCAACCCGGAUCUGGUCUUGAAUGAUGAACAGGAGGACGAAGACUGGGUCCGGUAACCACUUUUGGCAUGAGCGACAAUGAAUUCUUGCGUAUCAUGAGGACAAUUGACGAGUUAUGAAAUCGGCUGCAAAUGUUUGAGAUACCCAAAAUCCCAAAGGUCACACAGAGUGGCAGCUGCCCUCUUCUCCGAAGGUGUCGUCUGGACAUCAGGCAACGCGCUCUGCCAACGACCAGAAUCGAGCGGCUAUCUCGAUGAAGGAGGAACCUGUGCUACUGAGGAGGACGGAGGGUUCAAUGGUCCCGAGGGUUGGAGAGACAUUUGGACAUGCUUAUCACGAUUACUUUCCCAUUCCAGAGAAUGUCGAAAGUGAUGCAGUGAGCGCGCUGCUUCCUAGAGCAUGCGCCGGGGGUUUUUGGUGUUUUUUUGAUAGGCAUCACUUGUUAUAGUUGACUUGUUUAUAAGAUUUGGACACCGUACAAAUAGAACGCUUUGUGCUGAUUCA